AUGCCAUGGACUCUGCGAAUAGGGGUAUCAAGUCAGCAACCCGCCUUUCUAUCCACGAUCCUACAUACUACUACAUACGAUCCCCCGAAUGCCGUCGGGUUGCUGCUGGUCCAGUAUCCGCCGCGUGGUGAAUCCGCCGUGUUCGCGAUUGUCGGUCUUUUGUGCAGCCUGAAUUACGUCCGCACUCCCUCCCCACAAAGUUCCCUGAAUCCUGCUGGUCCAUUAGUAUCCGCCGCGUGGUUAAUCCGCCGUGUUCGCGGUAGUGAGGAAGAGGAAGAGGAAGAGGAAGAGGAAGAGGAAGAGGAAGAGGAAGAGAAGGAAGAAAGAUAA